AAAAAGAAAGUUGGUACACAUAUGCCUCACCAAUCCCAUCAAUAUCCAAUAGUCCUUCAAGACCAGAGACCACCGUGAUCUAUCGCCGGCAGUUCAAUAUUCAUCCACUGCCGUUACCCUUCGUCGGGAUUCGCCGCUGCCUUUACCGGAAAACAUCAGCGAGAAAUUCGCCGGGAAACAUUUCAGCUUCCCGGGAGCUUCUUCAAUGGCGAAAAAAUUAGAGACUUCAAAAUCAAGGACAGUUCUAAAAUCUUUAGCAUACUUUGACCUUUCAUUGACUUCUCCGUCAUCAUUUUCUCUCUCCUCUCUACCUUCCUUCACUUGCGUCGCCGUUGCCACUCUCUCUGAUUCUCAGCUUGUAAUUUACGCUGGCACUGAUUCCGGUGCCCUUCUUUUGCUAACCCUAAAUCCUGAUUUGGACCCGUCGUCAUCGACAGCAGCGCAAAUCGAUGCCGAUUAUAAUAAGGUGAAGUUUUUAAGAAGUAUACCUAUUAGUCGUUCUGCUUUAAAGUCCAUUCACAUUGUUGAUCAAAUUGGUAGAGUUUUGGUUCUUUCAGAUGGGUUUUUGUAUUUAGUUGACCUGCAAUUGUUACAGCCUGUGAAAAAGUUAGGGAUUUUGAAAGGUGUUAAUGUUGUUGCUAGAAGAGUGUGCAGCACUGAAUUUGGGAGUUCUAAUUGGUUUCAUGAGGAGGGUGUUAGUAAUAGUAGUGUGGGUGGGAGGCUUAUGAAGAAAUUAAGUGUCGGCAUUAGAUCAAAUGGGGUGGGGGUUAAGGAAUUCGACUUGAGGGGAGAUAAUAAUGAUGGUGCCUGCCUUUUUGUGGUGACAAUGGGGAAGAAAGUGGUGUUCAUUGAGCUGAAUUUAAGUAUCAGUAAGCAUGAUCGAGAUGUUGAUGGGCAACGUGGGUCGUUCGUGGUUUUAAAGGAAAUGCCGUGCAUUGACGGUGUAAAGACCAUGGUUUGGCUUGAUGAUUCAGUUAUUUUAGGGACUGAUAAUGCUUAUAGUUUGAUGUCCUGCAAUACAGGGCAGGUUAGUUUGAUAUUUUCUCUUCCAGAUAUGGCUGCUAGUCCUUGUCUGAAGUUGUUGUCAAAAGAUAAGGUGCUUUUGCUGGUUGACAAUGCAGGCAUUACUUUGGACAGUAAUGGGCAGCCUGUUGGUGGCAGCUUGGUAUUCGGUUGUGCUCCUCAUUCGAUUGCCGAGUUGUCUACAUAUGUGGUGGUUGCUGGUGAUGGGAAGAUGGAAUUGUAUCAUAAAAGAUCAGGAACUUGUGUUCAAACCUUUUCUUUCGGGGGUAACUUUGGAUCGAGUAAGUGUUAUCUUGCUGAUGAGGAGUAUGUUAACGGAAGAUUUGUUGUUGUCGCCGCAUCAUCCAAGCAGGUAUUUUGCUACCGUAAAAUAGCGCCUGAAGAACAAAUUAAAGAUCUGUUAAGGAAGAAGAAUUUUAGGGAAGCGAUUUCCUUAGUCGAGGAGCUUGAGGUUGAAGGGGACCUGUCUAGAGAAAUGCUGUCUUUUGUCCAUGCUCAAGUGGGGUUUCUUUUGUUGUUUGAGUUACAUUUUGAGAAAGCAGUUGAUAAUUUCUUACUGUCAGAAACCAUGCAACCAUCUGAGAUAUUUCCGUUUGUUAUACGAGACCCUAAUCGAUGGUCUUUGCUGAUACCCAGGAAUAGAUAUUGGGGUUUGCAUCCACCCCCAGUACACAUCGAGGAUGUUAUAAAUGAUGGCAUGUUGGCUAUAGAAAGAGCACCUUUUUUGAAGAAAGCAGGAGUAGAUACUGCUGUCAACAAUGAGUUUCUUUUGAAUUCACCAAAUAGGGAUGAUAUUUUGGAUUCAGCUUAUAGGAAUAUAAUCAGGUAUCUCCAGGUGAUGCGGAAUAAAAAUAUCAAUCAACAAGUGAAGGAAGGAGUUGACACACUUCUAAUGUACCUGUACAGAAUCCUGAAGUGGACUGAAUAUAUGGAAAAGCUUGCAUCUUCUGAAAAUAGUUGUGUUAUAGAGGAGUUGGAAUCUUUACUAGAAGAAUCUGGGCAUCUGAGGACACUUGCUUUUCUUUAUGCGAAUAAAGGAAUGAGUUCGAAUGCGCUAGCUAUCUGGCGUGUGUUAGCAAGAAAUCAUCCGCCUGGCACACACCAAGACACUGCUGAAACAUACCACUUGAGUGAUUCCUGCUCAAUACCAGUUUCCAGCAGGGAAACUGCAGCCACUGAAGCGUCUAAAAUUCUCGAGGAGUCAGCCGAUGUAGAGUCAAUUUUGCAGCAUCUUGGAUGGAUUUCAGAAGUUAACGAGGAACUUGCUGUUCGAGUUUUGACAUCUCAAAAACGUAUCAGUCCACUUCCACCUGAUGACGUAGUUGCUGCUAUUGAUCCAAGAAAAAUAGAGAUCCUUCAAAGAUACCUGCAGUGGUUGAUUGAAGAUCAAGAUUCUACUGAUACUCAUUUUCAUACAUUAUAUGCUCUUUCCCUUGCCAAAACAGCUCUUGAAAGUCUGGAAACAGAUGUUUCUCAGCAUGCUAAUAACAAAAGCAUGAGGGAGCCAAUUACCUAUGUUUCUGGAAGGAUUUUGCCAUCUGAAAAUCCGGUUAGGGAAAGACUACAAAUCUUUUUACAUUCUUCUGACUCGUACGAUGCAGAAGAAGUUCUUGAGUUAAUUGAAGGCUCCGAAUUAUGGCUAGAGAAGGCUAUUCUAUACAGGAAGUUGGGACAGGAAACAUUGGUUCUUCAAAUAUUGGCAUUGAAGCUGGAAGAUAGUGAAGCUGCUGAACAGUAUUGCGUUGAACUUGGAAGACCUGAUGCCUAUAUGCAGUUGCUUGAUAUGUAUUUGGAUCCACAGAACGGUAAGGAACCAAUGCUCAAUGCUGCAGUUCGCCUUCUUCAUAAUCACGGAGAAUCACUUGAUCCUCUGCAAGUCCUAGAGAGAUUGUCACCAGAUAUGCCCCUUCAGCUUGCGUCAGAAACAGUGUUAAGAAUGCUGAGAGCUCGACUUCAUCAUUACCAUCAAGGAAAAAUUGUGCAUAGCCUUUCGCGUGCAGUGGAUGUUGACGCUAGGCUUGCAAGACUUGAGGAGAGAGCACGAAAUGUGGUACUUAAUGAUGAUAGUUUAUGUGAUUCUUGUCAUGCCCGUCUUGGAACGAAGCUCUUUGCCAUGUACCCUGAUGAUUCUAUCGUCUGUUACAAGUGUUUCCGUCGCCUUGGGGAAUCUACAUCUGUAGCAAGGCGUAAUUUCAAGAAGGAUGCAUUGAUUAAACCUGGUUGGCUCGUCCUGAGGUAGUGUAGUUUUCGGUACAGUUUCUUAGGUUGCUGCUGCUCAUUUUGGUCACUGAGCUGGGUUGCUAGUUGCUUCUGAUUUUGUGUUGGGGAGGUCUGAUUAGGCAGUGAAUCUCCAAGGCUAAUUGAACAUAAAAUUGAACCAAAAAAUUAAUUUGUAAAUAUGGCAAUCUCCAAGGCUAAUUCACUCGGUUGUAGAGCUCAGAACAUCGAUGAGUGACAACAUCUGUUACUUGUAGACUGACAGCUGUUGUCCUAGCCGCCGAUUUUACUUCCAGCCGAGCUCAUAAGCUCCUUUGAUGGGAUGUUGUUUUAUGCUGUUUUGGAUGAACAUUAAUAUACUAAUAUGAAAAUGGACAUUUAUUA